GGCACCGCACCUCAUCACACCAUUUCAUACGUUUGCCGCGUAAGUUGUUGUGUCUCGUGGAGUCGUCUUGUCUCGCUUCCGCACCUGAGCUGGGACUGCUCCAAACACCCACUCCACUCAAUACAAUAUACAACGCGAACUGAUGAAUAUCUGAGGGAGAACCAAUUCAGUCUCCUUUCGUGGAGAAUCAAAAAGUAAAAAUGGUAAUCUGGGCAGAUUUACUAAAGUGCUUUAUUCUUCUCUCAACGAUUUCAUACACCUUCUCCAUCUGCGAAUUCAGUGUUAGCGACCGUAACAAGCUUUACAACUUCAGCUUAGCUUCUCCUCUCCCCAAAUACCCUCAUGGCGUUCUCAGCGAAGAUGGCUUUUAUAAGGUGGCAGUAAAUGGGACUGUGAUAUGGUUUCAGCUUUGUGAUGGAAUGGUUUUUAACCACGAUCUGCCUAGAUGUCUUGACUGCAGGGAUUGUGGGGGCCCAUCACAUUGUGGCAUGGAGUGCAGUGCACUUGUAGCUCACACUGUAGGAGGUUACCCUCUGUGCACUACCAUCGGGCAUGCCUUAAGCACAAAGAUUAACAUUAUCGAUGAGAAGAUGCCUCACAAGGGUGUCAUUGUUAAGAUGUCAAGCAGAAAGGACAGCUGUUCACUUACAGUGUCUGUGAUUUGUGAUGUUAAUGGAGUUCAGGGACCACAGCUGCUGAAUAAAACUGGGAUAUGUGAUUAUGCUACAGUGCUGAGACAUCCUUCUGGCUGUGCUGAGAUUGUGGAUAUUCAUGGGAGAGGAUGGGGCUGGUUUAGCUUCUUCUUAUUAAUUUCUGCAUGUCUUUUUGGAGCAUAUCUGCUGGUUGGUACAGUAUACCGCUACUUCCAAGGCAUUCGUGGCAUAGAUAUAAUUCCAAACUUAGAGUUUUGGAGUAGUAUACCACAAAGAACACAGAGUCUUUUUGCAUCUCUGGUGCGAAAAUUCAGGGGACCUUCUCAAGGUCACCGUAGCUCAUAUUCCCCCGUCAACUUCUGAGCAUCAUUCAUAUGGUGAGUUCAUUUUGUUAAUUUCUUCUCUGACAUGAACAUUUCAGCAAUGAAGUACAAGUUGAGCAUUUUUUUUUCCAUUCCGAAGCAGUCUACUCUUUCGAAUUCCCAUUGUUUGUAACAGAACUAGGACUUGGAUCAUGCACCACAGCUAUAUUUAGGACACUCAGUAGCUGCAGUCCCUGGAUUCUUUAUUGUAACUAUUGCUAGCAUUGUUCUUAUUUUGAAUAUACUGAAAUCUAUUUAGUCUUGUUUAGACUAUUUUCUGGUCUAAUACAUGGCAUACACCGUUCGUGAAUUUUUUUUUCCCUUAAAAAGAAAAAAAAUAAAAAAUAGAAGCAAACACAAGUAUUUUCUCAAGUAUCUGGAUUUACUUGUAUUUUAUUGUAUUGUUUCUUAUUAAACGAUCAUAUUCUAAACCUGUAUAGAGGAUUUGUAUGUAAUAACUCAAACCACUUCUGGCUCAGAUAUGGUUCUUCCGAUGAUCUUUCUUUUUCUUUUGGAUCCAAACUGGGUCAUUAUAAAUUAUCUGGGUCUUUUUCUUUGUUGGUA